UAGAAAGGUUCGCUACCAGAAGUGCAUAAAUGACUUUUUUAAUUAUAUUUCCUUAAGUGGAAAUUUAGAGUUAUGAAUUACAAUCCUGAGUCAAUGAUUGCUGCAUCCUGCAUUAUGUAGGUCAACACUGCACUCUUGAACAAAAGUCUCAUGUAUGUAAACUUUGUUGAAAAUCUAUGAAUGAGCAGCCCAUACUGCUACUACUUCAGACCAGCCCUUUAGUCUUCCAGUUCUGUAACUACACUUUUCCAAAAAGAUACUAGAACUGUAAGUUGUUCAACUACACACGCCUGUUCAAUGUUAAUGCAACAUAAUUGCAAUGUAUCAUUGUUGACAUCCCCAAGAUAUUUUACCAAGGUCGAGAAAAUACAAAUUGUUAUGGUGGAAAACUGGCUGUUUAACCAGAAAAAAAUAUUGCAAAACGUUUUUCACCUUGAACACACCCCAGGUUUCAUUGUUAUCAGCUGUGCCCACUUAGCCAUCAAUUAACACAGCUUUGAGAAUCCUUUAAAAGAAGCUCAGGAGGCUCAUGAAGACAUUGUGCUUGUGGAAGACUGUUGUGCCAGUAGUAGUUUCUUGGGGAAAAAUUGCUGGACAGACAUCCUGAGUUUAUCCACCUACUGAACCAAAAUGAUGAUGUUCUGGAUUUCAUGUCUACUGAUUGGAAGCAUCAGCUGUAGUCCCUUACCAAAAGAGUAUGGAUCAGAAGCUGCUCCUGCAGCAGCCUCAGAACCUUUAGAGGUGCCACUCCCUUACCGCCCUGGUAGCUGGAACAGAUGGGUGAGUUCUAUCGGCAGCAGCUCCCCUAAACCAAGUCUACCCAACCCAACCUCUGAAACUGGUGCUUCUGCCAGUGCUGUCCCUGGAAGUUCCAGCAGCCGCUACACUGGGGGCAGUGACUUCAACAGUGGGUACCUUAGUGUCAGGGAUGAGGCCUAUAAAAUCCCUGAGGUCAGUUACUAUGGGGCUUAUGCAGCCUCUGACCCUAGUGGAUAUGGCACUGCAAGUGGCAUUUAUACUGGUGGUUAUGCUAGCUCAGCUAGUGGAUAUGGUGGCAGUGCUCCAAGUGGCAGUUAUGCUAGCCCACCUAGUGGAUAUGAUGGCAGUGCAGCAAGUGGCACUUAUACUGGUGGCUAUGCUAGCUCAGCUAGUGGAUAUGAUGGCAGUGCCCCAAGUGGAAGUUAUACUGGUGGCUAUGCUAGCCCACCUAGUGGAUAUGAUGGCAGUGCUCCAAGUGGAAGUUAUACUGGUGGCUAUGCUAGCCCACCUAGUGGAUAUUAUGGCAGUGCUCCAAGUGGCAGUUAUACUGGUGGCUAUGCUAGCCCACCUAGUGGAUAUGAUGGCAGUGCUCCAAGUGGAAGUUAUACUGGUGGCUAUGCUAGCUCAGACAGUGGAUAUGCAGGGAGCAGCUCUUAUGGGUAUGUUGGCCCUCAAGAUGAGGCCAGCUCUGGAUCUGCCACCAACACUGGUGCUGGUCUUGAGACCCCUGAGCCAGUCUUCAGUGACGUGUCUGACCUGGAGCCAGUCUACUCCUUCAGCUCUCGUUCAGGCUACCAGCGAGGAAGAGAGGUGUUUUCUCAAACCCGAUACACCCCAGGAGAGCCUGCUCCCCGUGUCAUGCCAGUAUCCAGACGCAUCAGCAAAACACCCACUCAAAGCGACUCUGCUGGAGCUCCAGCUAAAGGUGGCUUCUAGAGACUUUCUGGUCUCCAUGAUGUCUCGCUGCUUAGUUAUAACCUGAUACCAAUAAACUGGUUUUCAUCAAA